CCUCAAACUUCUUGGUUUCUUCGGWUGUAAUCUAGUUCCAUGAUUACAGAAGAGAUCAGCUUCCAAAGAGCACGAAGAGGAGGAGGACUUGAAAUUUGUUACCUAAUCGCUUUCUUCUUCCGUGGGAAUGGCAGGGGGAAGGAACGGAAACUGGAUUUGAGCGGGACGAACAGGAGCUUGCAAAUGAUUGCGCCUCACAAAUGAAAUUUCUCUAAUGCCAGGAGGUCCAUUUUCUUCUACUGCAUGCUGAUUAUUUGCAGCAGAUGCUCCCUCUUCAUUUGUUACUUGUUCGUCUUCUGCCGCCAAGAGGGCCUCGAGAUCUGCUAUCCCCUCUUGCCAAAAUGCUAUUUCUCUGUCAACCUUUAUGGCCGUCUCGACCGCCGUCUCGCGCUCUUUCCUCUUCAGUUCUGACCGCAUGUUCCCCCCUCGUUCCCUAUUGCUGUUGUUAGAUGACGAGGAAUCUACAUCCUCGCCAUCWCGACGCGCUUGUCUCCAGACGCUCUGCAUGGUUUCGAAUUGAUCACGAAGAUCCUUCGACAAUAUUGAGCCAUUGUUUCUAGGUUCCCAUCUGCCUGAAGCCGAUUCCAACUCCWGCUGCUGUUCCACGCAGUGGUUACUACAUUUUGUACCACUGCUCGUAUCUUCGAUUGGAAUGACCAACUGCAUGUCUCACUCAAGUUCCUUUCCUAUAUGCGACUAGCAUAAUCGUAUCAUUGAAGGAAAUAUUGAGACGAAAAAUAUCUAUGUGAGCAAAUUAAUUGUGACUUCUAAAGUCGACCACGUUCUUUAUUUUCGUUCUUCAAAUCUUCUCUGGAAAAGAUCGAACAAUCUCGACRCCAAAGUCUCAAGUGUGGCAUCCAUCAGCUGCUCAAACGACCACCAAWAACUUCUUUUGGACUCGAUAACAUCUUGUUGGGGAGAUUUCACCGGAUUGAAGGUGAAGUUUCACAAACAGCACGACGUACGCGCCCAAAAAUGUUCAAGUUUGAACCAAAGAUCCAUUUCGGACACGCACUAUGCCACUUCGGCUAACAGAAAUCUUCCGCGUGUAAUAAAUAUAAAUUAAACUCACCCUGCUCGAACGCGCGCCGUUUUGUGCGCGUUUGACACCUUUUUUCUGUGAUAAACUGCGGCAGAUUGCUUUGUUUCCCAAAAGGUKUGCGGUGUGUACAAGAGAUAUUGGUCCGUUGUCCCUCGAUCCGCGAUGGGUCCGUUUGCACCGAUACAACGCUACAGUAUGAUGAUUGUCUGAGGUGAAGUCACGACGUCUUGUUGUSGUAUGUGAUCUCUAUGCAAAAAUGAUGUAAAACGGCAACGCAAACGCUACUUAUCUCCUGCACAUUACACAGGAGGCGCGAUCUGGCCGAUACAAACAAAUAAGCAAAGACACUACGUACUCCUCGUCCUUUCCAUGAAAGGAAGACGACAACUACUUUUUGUGUGAAUAGAAAGUGGCUUGAUGGGUGACGAAAGGAUUGGAGUUUUUAGUGUUUCGCACUCGACACGAGACAGAAUGUAGGAUUCUUGUUUUGAAUCAGAGAGAACCAAUCAAAAAGAAAUGACGAGUUCUGACGUCUUUGAGCCAAUAAGAAUACACUUAUAUUCACUGACGUAGUGAUUGGCCAGUUCCAAUGUUUUAAAAAAUUUGAACCAAAGAAUUACGAUCUGAACCAUAAUACAUCUGACGUAUUUUAGCCAAUCAAAACGUAAGAAAAAAUCUGACGCAGUGACCAAAAGGAACCAUUCGACAAAAAAAUGAUGAGUCGAAAUAGUCGAAGGUGUAARAAAUCGUCAAGACGUACAGGUACGAAAAAGAACCGUACGAGUACAGGUACGACUCAUACCGAUGCACAGAUUUUGACUGAAAAGAAAAGUGUACCGUACGUUCGAAUAGGGGURAGAAGAAGGUUGGAAGCCAACUCUGGUAGAAGUGCUAUCGAAAAGCGAAAAGGGCAAUCGUUACCAUCGUCUUUUUUCUUAGUCACGUAUUCCUUCUUUUCUAUGGUAUCUAUUAGCCAGCAUCCAGACCAACUCUGUGACAACACAGUUUGUCACGGAUGACUACCGAAGAUAAMACUCUUGUAAGAGGAUCGMUGCUUAUUUUUCGGAUGCCUCUCGCCGCAUCAUUUUUGGCACAUUUAUUGCAGGACUAUGUGAAGGCGAUGCGAAGCAAAUGCGGGAUACCGCCAACGACGGAUAACGAUAAUUCUUUGCCUUUAGCUCUCUCGAGAGAUGAGAGGUCUUCCGACGACCGGUUUGAUCAAGUCAAGGAAUCCAUUGCCAACCUCCUAGUAUCUCCAACGAUUUGCAGAAAGCYUUUGUAGUGUCAGCUAGUGUAGACCUUGUUUUCUUUUGYGUCGUAGGAUUCCCCCAACUAAGAACAUAUACCUCAAUUCCAUGCCAACGCACAUUAUGACUCCCUCGUUGUCAGAUAUGAUCGUCUUAUCACUUCUGGUUACAGAGACUUCCAACCUCACAUAAGCAUCGCCUUUCGGCGGGGCAUAGCGCUUCUCAAUUUGUAUGGAUACUAAGACUGACCCGUUCAUCUCUGUUUCUCGCAAGAAAGGUGAGAGCAUGUUCCAAUAAUAUAUCAAUCUUCCAACAUAGACCUCCAUGUACGAGAAACAAGUGACUCGUUCUUGAUUCCGACCAUGAUGAUUCGUUUUUUCUUUCCUCGAGCAAUGAGUGGGAUCAGUGACAACAGAAUGAUUGAGAAAAAAAGAGAGGAAUUGAUGACUUGUUGCGAAUGUACUCAUGGAACAAAAAGAGUACGAGAGAUUGUCCCUGCUUUAUGAUUUAUUCGUCUGCCGUCAAAAUCACGAGAUUGUCGUUUAGUAUCUGAUAUCCGAUGGUGGAGGAAUCGGCUGUUGGUGUUCUUGUUGAUACGGGAGCUAGAAUCAGCGUGUGACAAAAGGGUAAUUGCUGUGGUGACGAUCCAUUUGGAGCACUGAAGCGGAUGCUCACACCAGUAAUGAGAACAAGGACGCCAUUCCCUACCGUCAGUUGUUCCUGGACUCCUUUGAUGCGCAUCUCGGUUCCGGAAAAGGUAUUGAGCUGCAUCAAGCGAUCUUGCUGGUUUGUGCAAAAGGCAUGGGCACCCCCCACCGUCACCGCCUUACAWACUUUCGCUACGUCAGCACCACUCCUUUCACCACCAUUCUGAUAAUAAUACGCAUCGAGUUCUCGAACCAAGCCGUUMCGGAGCGACAAAUAGUAUGUUUCGGUUACAAAUUUUCCAAUGGACAUUCCUGGUGGAGCGUUGGGUGGAAGAACGAAGCACGGCCCGAUAGCCAUCGGUGGUUGUUGCGGUGGGAUAGCUUUUGGAGCCCUGAUACUGUCCUGGUUGAGAUCGUGAAUAUUCUGCAAUCCUGGUGGUGGUGGUGGUGGUGGUGUAAGAGAAUGCUGUGCACCGUGGUGCAAAUGUUGUUGAGGAUGGUGUCCAUUUUGAGAAGGAAGGGGCGGCUGUGAAGAUGUCGAGUUUGACGUUGCCGGUGAUAGCGAUGAUGAGUGCCCAUUUGCCGCUUUGCAAUUAUUCUCUGCCAAGUGUUCGUUGUUUUUAGAUGGCAAACCUGGCGGGGCCAGUUUCAGUGGCGACGUCCUAGGCGGCGGAUUCCCAAAUCCGGGUGGACUUAGAGCACCCCUUCUGCCGCCCCUUUCCUCGAUAGUUUUUGACGACGAAGGAUUCAAACCGUCACUGGCAACAAUUGCAACAUCUGGGUUGGAAUUAUUUCCGUUGUUCUUUUCAUUCGUUCCAGUCGGCUGACAUUGUUUUUGAUUUUCGUGUUGCUUGUCCUUUCCAUUCGCUUCGGGAGGAAGACCCUCCGCAUUCGAAUUUAAAUCGUCUUUACCACCGCCUCCCGCAUGAGUGCUCAAAUCUAUUGAUCCGGCCCCACUGCUAUUCAUUGACUCCAUGGAUGAAGCUCUUCGAUAGGCUCGCUGUUUGUUUUUGAGCUUUUUGAGCUCUUUCUUCUUUUCUCGGAACAAUUCCAGGACCCGGCGCUUGUCCUGCUCCCCAAAUUUUGGGGCGGUGUCGAUGUUGUCGGGGAGUUUCCACAGGACCUUUUUCUUUUUAUUCUUUCGCGGAGGCAGCACUGUCGAGUCGACCCUGAGCGUCAUGAUCGGCAUGUCAACUCCCUCGCGGUGUAUAUCAACUUCCCAUGUCGGCAGCUUGAGAUCUCGUACCGGGCGUGGAUCCGAAAGAAAAUGCCGAUCUUCCAAAGUCGAAGUAGAAUGGGAGUUGCCAUUGUGUUUAUUGUUAUCGUUGGAGUUACGCAUGAUGUAUGGAAGGGAGUUUGAUGACUAAGACAAAACUAGUUGGCGAGAGGGAUGGGCUGCAAUAAUAAUGUCGGACAACAAGAGGUUUGAUGGGUGAUAAAACCGCAAGUGAUGAUCUGAGUUGAGAAGAAAUUUUCACUCCCCCUACCGGUACUCGUACGAAGCCGCUCGGUAAGGUUUCGAACUAAGUACUACGGAUACGAGUACUUCGUAGAGUAGAUUGUACCCCUUUGGACCAUCAUAAAUAUGUUGUGCUUUUGGCGUCAAACUGUUGGACGAAAGGGRUCUGGGAGCAUUGCGCACCACCAGCUUGUGGACGCGCAUUGGCACCAUUCAUUAUGGAAACAGACAGAUACGACUACCGGUUGCGUACGAACUACGGUAGGAUUGUACGAGUGAUAGGUCCGUACUCGUACUCUGACUUCAAAUGAAUGGCACUGAAGCGGUGCUAUCGACUAGAGCCUAGAUUACGAAUUUUUGGCUCGUAGUCGUAUGGUGCGCAGCCGUACGUGUAGUGCAAUACGUAGUACGUACCUAACCCCUACAAACCGGUACAAACACCAUGGAUGACMAUCCUUCAUUUGAUGUGACUGCAUGUCAAGAAUGGACCACCACACGAGGACUAACUUCGUUGGCGCCUACCGUUACCGGUACCUACAGAAUGUUUUUAACCUGGUUACGUACMGUACCUAGCGUAUCACUCCAUCGUACAUACCGUACGUAUGGCACGUGAAGAAAAUUACUCUACGGUACCAGGUACCACCGUUACAAACAGUACAUAGUCCUAAUUUACGUACCGUACGGUAAAGUACGAUACCGUACGAUUACGUUUUUCAUCGAAAGAUACCUCUGUAUUUUUUGGAUCUGAUAAAAGAUUCAUUCUGUG